AUGCCCCCCAAUGGCCAACGCGGUGCGGGUUCGGGUACCAGGAGUACUGCGGAUCCCAUGCGCAGCCGCCCCCCUAGCUCUGCUGCCCCAGCGCCCCUCCCCGUGAAGAACCCAUGGUUUGGCAUCGAGAUCGAGAUCUUCGUCAAGGUUAGGGAUAGCGUCAAAAAGAACAUCGAAGAAAAGCUCAGGAAUGGGAAGAAGGUGGCGUCCCAUUGGGAGAAAUGGCAGUGGGAUCUCUCCAAUGCCGAAGGCAACCGCGACCACCGCGACAAGAAGGAGAAGCAACGCGAAUACGUGGGCCAAGCCAUCAUGGAGAUCCUUGAUAAGACCCUGGAUCGGAAGCACGGCUGGACAUGCACGGCCGACGCGAGCUUGAAAGAAUACAAGCUGGAGCUGCCCCCCGACCCCCGCAAAUGGUGGGGUAUCGAGAUCAUCUCACCUCCAUUGUCCUCGAGCAGCGACUGGCAGGCCGCGAUAGAGCUGGUUUUCAAAUCCAUCACGGAUACUUUCAACCUCUGGACCAACGAUUUCUGCGCCUGCCACGUGCACGUCUCGCAGGGCCUGGGCAAGAAGGCCGCGUACAACCUCGAGCAACUGAUUCAGAUCGCCAAGGGCGCCUUCUAUUGGGAGGAUGCCUUGAGACAACUCUUGCCGGCGGAGCGGAGAAACAACAGGUAUGCGCUCGCCAACUGGCGCUGUUUUGCGAUGGACGAGUAUAUGAAGGUGCCCCAGGCCGGCUGGUUGCCCGUGUGGCGAAAGAUCGAGUACGCGGGACGGCCAGGGACUAAGGAGGCCCAGUUCGCCAAGAGGAUGACGGUCGCAGAGGGCGACCCCAACGCGAAUCCCAGGUACAGGUCGACCAGCUUCGACCCCUAUGAGAGUAUCAACACCGUCGAGCUCCGCCGCCAGGCCGGAGUCGCCUCGGCCAAGACGGCCAUCCGCCGCGUGCUUCUGGCCCUCACCUUGAAUGUCGCCUCCUUGGAGUUCGACUUCGACGUAGUUGGUCCCAGCUACCCAACGGCAGAGAGCCUGAUCAACGAGUUAUUCUAUACUCUAAACAGGAGGCUCUCCGGAGCGUGCCAAGGCGCGGCGUUCAAGACCUGGCUUCAGGAUUGCCAUAGGAACUACACCUAUGAUGAUAUGGAGAGGAGGUUCAAUGAGGUGGAGAUCAACGAGCGAGAGAAGAACUACCGCCUCUACGGCCAGGCCACCAACCCUAACGCCGCUCCCCGGCCCUCUUCGGCCGCCUCCAACGGGAGGUCCGUGGCGUCGGGGACUACCACCACCCUCCCGACGCGGACCGCGCCCUCGACCACGCGAAAUGUCAUUGUUGUCGAGACCCAGGGCGGCGCCUAUGUUCCGCAGACUGUCAACUACAGUCGGCAGUAUACCAUGGACGACGUGAGGUACGGCGGGCCCAGCAGAGACUACUCGCGCUGA